UCUCUGUCAUUAGGAGUUUCGGGGUCUGCAACACCCCUUACAACUCCCAAUGACCUUCAAUCGAAUAACGAAUCACCAUCCUUCCAUGGGCUCCAAUCAACACUACCAUCUGGUCAUCAUGGUGUUCAACAAAAUAUGGAAAAUAUUGAUUCAAAUACCAUGCUUCCUAUACCAGUGGUAAGUACAGAUGAUAAUCCUGACUGCCUAAACCAAUGCUGCGUGGACGCCGAUUUCGAGGCAUCUAGCUCAGGCUCCAAAUCGAUUAAUAGUGCCCCUCUGCAUGAAGGCCCACCGAGGGAAUUUUACUCCGUCUUCGAUACAAAGAAGGUGAAUAAUCCAAUACCUCAAAAUAUCAGGUCAAGCGAGAUUUAUCAUUCACUAACUUAA